UUUACUAGGCCUUCUAUAACAGCUCCUCUUUGGAACCCAGUCUGGGAGCGCGAGUCCUUCACUCUUCAGUGUCAGGUUCAGUUAAAUAACAGAAGGAGCAUGACAGACCUCCGGUACCGGUUUAUCAGAGACGGGAAGGAGCUGGAGUCCUCUGGACCACCGGAGAACUACACAGUCCCAGCAGCAAGGGCUGAGGAUGCUGGGAGAUACCAAUGCCAGGUGGAGGCAGGAGGAGUUAGGAAAGCAAGUGAUUCAGUGCAGGUUAAUGUGAGAGAGGGUUUGCCGAGGACUGCCCUGACCCUGGAGCCCCCGUGGGAAGAGAUGUUUGUGGGAGAGAGAGUGUCUCUUACUUGCCUGGUGGAGGGGGAUUCUGCAGGCUGGAAGUAUCUCUGGUACAAAGGCAGCCAGACCGCUCCCCUGCCCCAGCCUGAGAGCAGCAAUGACGCUGGAGCCAGAUACACAAUCAGUGCUGCUGCCCUGCCCCACAGUGGAGUGUACUGGUGCAGAGCUGCAAGAGAGACUGGCUUCUUUCACUCAGAUUAUAGUAAUGCUGCCUGGCUGAAAGUCUCUGAUCCACUUAAGAUUAUUCUAACCCUGCUGCCUUCAAGGACUGAUAUCUUUACACGAGACAACGUUACCCUCCAAUGUGAAGUUGGACUCAGUUCUUAUAGCUGGCAAUAUUACUGGUACAAAGGAAACAAGCAAUCUCUGGUGCCUGGCAGUGGCAAUGUAGCUGGAGCCUCAUACAUAAUCAGUUCAGCUGCUGUGUCCCACACUGGGCAGUACUGGUGUCGAGCUGCAAGGCUCGACAAAUCGUUUUACUUAAAAUACAGCCAGUCUGUCAUGCUAGCGGUGCACGAGCGCCCCGCGGCUGUACUGACCCUGGAGGAGGGAUGGAUGGAGGUGUUUGUUUCAGAAUUUGCUACCCUUGGAUGUCAUGUUCCUGGGAAUUAUACUGGAUGGAAUUUUACAUGGUACAAAGAUGAAGAAGCAGUUCAGGUGUUCCAGCAGAACUCCAGCAGUGUGAAUAAUGACAAAUACGCAAUCAGCUCUGCUGAUGAAUCUCAUGGUGGGAGAUACACAUGUCGAGGUGAAAGAGCAUCCAUGCCAGUUUACUCCAACACUAGUAAUGUCAUUGUAUUGACUGUAUCAGCGAACCUGCCAAAUAUUGCACUGACCCUGGAGCCAGCAGGGAUGGAAAUAUUUGAAGGGGACAACGUUACCUUGAGAUUGAAGGGGAGCGACCUGGAGUGGAGUUAUAGGUGGUAUAAAGAUGGACUGCUCCAGACUGAAGGCAGUGGAAAAGAUGACAAAUUGAUGAUAGAUGCUAAAGAGUCAGACAGUGGGGAAUAUACCUGUCAAGGAGAAAGAACAUCUAAUCCAUUUCACUCCACAAUCAGCAGUCCCUUCAUGCUGAACGUAUCUGGGGUUCUGGCCAAAGCAGUGCUGACUGUGGAACCUGGGAGAGAGGUAUUCGAAGGAGACAGUGUCACCCUGCGCUGUGAGUUUCAGGGCAGCUCUACAGGCUGGACAUAUCACUGGUACAAAAACCAACAAGGAAAUGAACUGCUGCAGACUGGCAGCAGCGGGACGGGAGUCAUUUACACAAUAAGUGCUGCUGCUCUGAGCGACACUGGAACGUACUGGUGUCGACCUGCAAGGGGCAAGCCGAAGUUUUUCCCAGGUUAUAGCCAAGCCAUUGUGUUACAAGUAUCUGAGCUUUUUAGCAAGCCUGUUGUGUCAGCCCUUCCUGAGUCUCCAGUCUGGGAAGGGGGCUCCCUCACUCUGCACUGUGCGGUCCAGGUGAAUGAGAAAUCUGCAGACACUAAACUGCAAUACCAUUUCAUCAAAGAGGAGGGGGGCUGGAAGAUCUCUGGUUCAAAAGAGAAGUAUAUACUCCCAGGUGCAAAGCUCAGUGACUCUGGAAAUUACUGGUGUGAGGUGCAGGCAGCAAGGAAUGGGCUGAAGAAACGUAGUGAACCUGUGGGGGUUGCUGUAGGAGACCGUCCACAGGCUGUGCUGACCCUGCACCCUCAGUGGCCUCACCUGUACUUUGGGGAGACGCUGACCCUGCGCUGUGGGGUUGCGGGAGAGUCUCCUGGGCUGGAGUAUCAGUGGUUCAAAGGCAGUCAGCUGACCCCAGUGCCCCAGACAGCUGAGCACAUUGUGAAGGGCAGUAGAUACACAAUGACAGCGGUGCUUCUGUCGAACCAGGGAGAGUACAGGUGUCUGGCUCUGAGGGGACAGCCGCCAUAUCCCUCUCACCUCAGCGAUUCCGUUCUGGUCAAUGUAUCUGCGGAGCAGCCCAAGGCAGUGCUGACUCGGACUCCUGAUUGGUCAGUCCUGUUCCCCGGGGAGGAGGUGACCCUGCAGUGUCUGAUUGAGGGGCGCCCCAGUGCAGGGCUGUAUAUACAGUACAGAGCUGGAGACGAGGAGCUGGGGCAGAAGCUUCAGUGCAACAGUAUUGGGACCACAUGCACAGUUGAGGCUAAAGAGUCACACAGCGGUUUUUACUGGUGUGAAGACAAAGCGGGUCAUGAACGCAGUAAAUCUGUAGACUUAAAAGUAUCAAAUGCAAGUGUGAUUCUGCAGUCUCCCCCACGGCCUAUAACUGAAGGAGACACGCUGACUCUGCUGUGUCGUGCUCGAGAUACUAAGGGUAAACGCAUCGUCUUUGAGUAUUAUAAGAACAACGAGACUGUGGAGUCCCACUCCAGCACAGGAGUGAUCAUCCCAGCUGUGAUGAAGAAAGACGCAGGUCUAUACAAGUGCUUUGCUUACUCCAAGGGGCGUACGCUGGGGGGAUCUGAGGUGGAGGUGUCUGUCAGAGAUUUCUUCGCCAGGGUAACACUGACAGCCUCUGCAGGCCCCGUAGUGAUGGAAGGAGAGCCAGUUAACCUGACCUGUGAGGUGGAGAGAAACACGUACCUCAGCCCUCCUGUCAGCUACACGUUUCUCAGAGACGGUGCGCCCCUAGCUGCGAGAAACGGCUCUGCACAGUAUUUCAUAACAGCGAUGAAUAAAACACACACUGGGAGAUACAGCUGCAUCGCGGAGACGUGGCCGGGAAUCAGUAAGCAGAGUGCUGCUGUGAAAAUCGAACUUGCAACCCCCUGGUGGUGGUUUGUUGCUGGUGCAAGCGGAGGCGGACUGUUACUUGUUCUCAUUGCAUCAACACUGCUAUGCUGCAGAACUCGACGGACUGCAGGUAAACGCACAAAGUCCCAACCUGAAGCUGUCUAUACAGUCAUUGAUCUAGCCAAGAAGAGAAGAGAUAAACUCAAAAAGUCUGACAGUGAGGGUUUUUAUACCUUAAUUGAUUCAACGACCAACCAAGAUGCACCCAAGAUGACUAACAGCAACACUGUUUACUCCAAAGUUGGCCCAAAGAAAAGCAGAGAUGAACCUGAAAUGACUGAUAAUGGAGUUUUAUAUAACCUUCUUGAUCUAAAGAAUAACAGAGAUAACCCCCAAAUGGCUGAGAGUGGAAGUGUUUACUCCCUCGUCGAUCCAAAGAACAACAGAGAUAAACACAGCUUGGGAAAUAGAAAAGAGCUUUACUCUGUGAUAGAUCCGAAGAAGAAAAAGAGUGAUAACCCCCAAAUGGCUGAGAGUGGAAGUGUUUACUCCCUCGUCGAUCCAAAGAACAACAGAGAUAAACACAGCUUGGGAAAUAGAAAAGAGCUUUACUCUGUGAUAGAUCCGAAGAAGAAAAAGAGUGAAAAACUGCUGAUGGCAAACAGUGUCACUCUUUACUCUGUUGUCGACCUAAAAAACAGAAACAAAGGACAGGGGAGCAGGAAUGCAGGAGUAAAAGAGGCAGGCAGAGAGACAGACAUCAUGCGAGACAACACACAAGAGGGCAUCUAUGAGGAAGUGAUGUAAAAACAAAAAAUAGCAGUGGACAGAAGGGAGAAAGAUUGAGGUUUUCUGUGUAAAGCAUGGGAAAUACACAAUUACAACGGCGAGAAAAAGCGCCCCUGAGCUCGUCCGGUUCCCUGUAGCUGAUUGAUCUGAAAACUGUCAUGUUGGGUCUUAAAGGACCCCAGCGAUUCUGCUUCAACAACACAAGUAGGUAGCCACAUGACUAGACAUGCCCUCACCUACUGUCUGUGCGAGACAGAGCACUUUAAAAGCCAGUGGGAUGCUUUUAACAUCUGUUUUACAGAGUCACCAGGAUGUGAUGACUUAAACAGCGGUAUUGAGCAAUUCAACAAGAAAAAAUACAUCCGUUAAAUGUGAUCCCAAUGAGUCAUUAUCAACAACAUGGCUAAGUAGCCCAUUCCAUACCCUCACAACUCAACACGUAGAAGGGCAGCAGAAAAAUUAGGACCAGAGGACAUAGUUAUGCAGACUUAGGACAGAGGGAAGGAGACACUUCUUUACAG